AUGCCCCGUUCUCCACCCCAGCCCAUCUCCAGCGGUGCUUGUGAAGGGACAGAUGGACUCUUGCCAGAUGCCCCCAGCCUGGGCCUUGUGGGAGGGGGUCACCACUUUCUCUUGCUGCACACUGCUACCCGAGCCCUAGCCUCCUCUCCCAACCGACCCUCUUCAGGCUUUUCCAGUUGCACUUCUCUCUUGGGUUCCUUCUCCUCUUCCAGGGCCCCUUCCCUCCUUCCUACUCCACUGGGGGCUGCCCCUCUCCUGGCAGCUUUCUCCACCCCUCCCCAGGGCCUCACUCAGGGCUGCUUCCCCUGCCCCAGAGAGCUGCUGUUGCUCUCUGGCUCAUUUCUUUCUUGCUCUUUCUUCCUCCUCUCUGCAGCUCUAUGGACUAACACUCCACCAACCUGUCCAUCUCUGUCCUACACUCCAUUCCUUCUUCAGGACUUGUGCACACUUUAUUUCUCUUUCUCCUUCCCCUGGGUCCCAGGGAACUUGGAGUUCACCUGCCUCCCUUUCUCCUAG